AUCAUUUCUGCCUUCACAGGCCUGGUGGAAAUCUGUCAACAGGGAAGUGUCAAGAUGGCCCCGAGUGGACUAAAAGCAAUCGUAAACGACAAAAUUCUCAAUGAUGUGAUCAAGAGCAUUAAGAAAGAUGGAGAAUGGAAGGUGCUUAUUGUUGAUUAUCUCAGUAUGCGGAUUCUUUCCUCAUGCUGUAAAAUGUCCGACAUCAUGGCCGAAGGAGUAACAAUUGUGGAGGACAUUAACAAACGCAGAGAGCCCAUCCCUACUCUGGAGGCCAUUUACCUCAUCUCCCCUGUGCCAAAGUCAGUUUGUUCGCUGAUCAAUGACUUUAAAGAUUCAGCCUUCACUUACAAAGCAGCUCAUAUCUUCUUUAUGGACACUUGUUCUGAUGGGCUUUUCGCUGAAAUCGGGAGGUCAAGGCUCGCCAAGGUCAUCAAAACCCUGAAGGAAGUAAAUGUGUCUUUCAUACCGUACGAGUCGCAGGUGUUUUCUCUGGACAACCCAAAUUCCUUCCACAUGCUCUACAGCCCAAAUCAGGCUAAUUUAGAUGAGAAAACCAGGAUGAUGGAGGCCAUGGCCGAGCAGAUCGCCACACUCUGUGACACUCUGAAGGAAUACCCAGCCAUCCGAUACAGGCAGGGCCCGAAGGAGAAUUUCAGCCUUGCAGAGAUGGUGAUGGACCGUCUGAACGCACAUAAGGCAGAUAAUCCCAGCAUGGGGGAGGGCACUGAUAAAGCUCGCUCCCAGCUGCUUAUAGUGGACCGUGGAUACGACCCCAUCACUCCCAUCCUGCACGAGCUGACCUUUCAGGCCAUGGUCUACGAUCUGCUAGACGUUCAGCAGGACAUUUACAAAUAUCAGACUACAGGGAUCGGAGAGGCCAGAGAGAAGGAGGUGCUGCUGGACGAGGACGAUGAGCUGUGGGUUCAGCUGCGGCACAUGCACAUCGCAGACGUCACCAAGAAGGUGACGGAGCUGCUGCACACCUUCUGCGAGAGCAAGAGGAUGAACACGGACAAGGCCAACAUCAAAGAUCUCUCACAAAUGCUGAAGAAGAUGCCGCAGUACCAGAAAGAGCUGAGCCUGUACUCCACUCAUCUGAACCUGGCUGAUGCUUGCAUGAAGAAAUUCAAGAAUCAGUUAGACCAGCUGUGUGAGGUGGAGCAGGAUUUGGCCAUGGGGUCAGAUGCUGAGGGGCAGCCGCUCAAGGACGCUAUGAAGAGUAUCGUCCCCGUUCUGCUCAACGCUGAGAUCCAACCCUAUGACAAAAUCCGCAUCAUCCUGCUUUACAUUUUCCAUAAGAAGAAGGGCAUUGGUGAAGAGAAUCUGAACAAACUCAUUCAGCAUGCAAACGUGCAGCAGGACAGAGACAUCAUCACCAGCCUGCAGCAUCUGGGCUGUCCCAUCAUUACUGGCGGUGCUAACGCCGGUAAGAGUUUGCCCGAUAGGAAAGAACGUACAGAGUCCACGUAUCAGCUCUCCCGAUGGAUGCCCAUCCUUAAAGAUGUGAUGGAGAAUGUGAUUGAUGACAAGUGUGACAGGAAGCAGUGGCCGUUCCUGUCUGACCCCGCCCCCAUCACCACCACACAGACUGCUGUCAGCAGCGCACGGUUUGGACACUGGCACAAGAACAGAUCUGCCACCGAGUUCCGCAGCGGCCCUCGACUCAUCAUCUUUGUGAUCGGUGGAGUGACGCAUUCUGAGAUGCGCUCUGCUUAUGAAGUGACCCAAGCCACUGAGGGCAAAUGGGAGGUUGUGAUUGGCUCGUCUCACAUUUUAACUCCAACUCAUUUCCUGAAUGAUCUGAAGAAGCUGGAGCAAGCAUCAUCUUAGCGGUCACAUGGCCGAAGAGAUUCAUGGCAGUGAGCUCAUGUGAACACAGAUGCAUUGAGGUUUGGAUUGUAUGACAUACCCAGUAAAAUAAGCCACAUUAUCCAGAUAAUCAUCAAGGCUGAUCUUAUUUUCUGUCUUUUAAAGUAAAGUAAAGUAAAGUAAAGUAGUUAUUUGGUCUGGCUAAGCUGAACUGGUGGUAUACGUGUAUAUAUAAAUGCUGUUAUUACACUGAUAUUUAAUAUAAACGAAAAAGUAUGUGAAAGUGCUUUAAUUUUGCAAAUAUGUGGAUAAAAUCUUGCCUGUAUAAAUAUCAGUUCUGAUUCUGUGAAGACUUCUAGACCUCAAGACACACUGGAACAAACUGGAUUUUGAGACGCACUGUGCAUUGACUGCUUUUGUUUAUUAUGAAGGUUUUAUCUCACACGCGCCUUUAUAUGAUAGACAUGCUUGCAACAUGCAGAAAAGCAGAGAUUUCUGUUUGUAGCUUGGUUUGAUUCAGCGUUAUCUGUCUCUGUGUUAGUGAUAGCGGCCUUUGUGUUUGUCCUGCUAUAAACUUGUGCACUUUUUUCUUUUACUGUUACACAGAUUGGGUGACUGUGAUUCAUUGGGCCUUUCUGUCUAUUUGUUAACUAUUCUAAAUAAACUUUACAUACACAUCA